AUGAAAGUCUCAGCAUUCUCCGUACUUGGUGGUGCGCCGGCACUCAUACUGCUGAAAUUGGGCUGUCUGGCUCGAGGCGCCUACGUCCUCGAUGGUCGUACCCUCCCAGACGACUUCAUUUUUAGUUGUGGUACAUCUGCCUAUCAAAUCGAGGGCGCCACCGGGUCCCAGGCAGAGGGCGGUAAAGGCACAAGCAUUUGGGACACCUUUGCGCACGAGAAGGGGCUAGGUCACAUCGCCAAUGAUGAGACUGGAGAUAUCGCAGUUGACUUCUAUCACACCUAUCCCCGGGACCUGCCUCUCUUUAGGCAGGCCCUCGGAGUUAAUCAGUUCGACUUCACCGUCGCGUGGACGCGCAUUCUUCCAAACGGCACAGGCACCACAGCCAAUCCAGCCGGGCUCAAUUUCUACCGUGAUGUGAUCAUGACUGCACACAGGAAUGGUAUGACUGCUGCCUGCACUAUCUACCACUGGGACCUGCCUCAGGCCCUACAGGACAAGUACGGAGGAUGGCUCAACAAGCAAGUAGUC